CUUCAUGAUGUCCGGAGGUAGACACUGUUUGAAAUCGUGCCUAGUCCUGGGUAGAAAUCGAACCUUUAACAAGUUACUUACUCAUCUAAAGAGAUAGAACACCACUUAAAGGCCAUGUGUUUUUUCUCAGGCCUUCCUAUAAGAUGGAGUGCACAUUCCCUAGGCGGGCGCUCCAUGUAUAACUAAUAUAGGUACAUAUACCUGUCAAGCUUUAAUUUCCGAGUUUACCUACCCCUAAAACGUGCUAACACACGUUUCAUAUUGAUUGAUAUGAGGAAUACGUGUUCAGAUCGUAUCUAUCUCAAUUUAAUUACUUUUUCGUACAAAUUCAAUUUGAACACUCAUCGCUAGCUUAUAUCACAGUCUGUUUCAAACGUUACCGUGCGACGUAAUAAACGUGACGCAGAAUGGAUAUAUCAGAUGGAAUAUUCAUCAAACAAAAAGACUUUUCCAUCAUUUUGACUAAAAAAGAUAGAAUGAAAGAAAGGAUCAAUGUGUGUUCAAUGGCAAAUUCUGCUAAGCCUCUUACGUAUUUCGCAUCUUUCUUUGGCCUGCAAAUGAUAAGAUACUGUAAUGGGAGUGUGUUCAAAGUGAAUUUGUUAAGGAAGUUUUACUGUUUAGUUGUAGUGGCAACAAUAAUUUCACUCGCUGUAUUCGUUAGACCUUUCAGUUGGCGCUAUACUAAGGCAGAUGUACCACUAAAUAUGCUGACUAAAAGCUACAGUGUAUUCCAUACAAUCGAAGCGAUACAUGUUAUUUUCAUAACAACCUUUGGAAACAGCACAUACUAUGUAAAGCUGUUUAAAAUUCUUGACAGCACAGACAGACAUUUUGGGUUAUCAAAGAAAAUGUUUAAAAUAAGAAUUAUAACAAGUAUAUUGCUCAUCUUACUGCCAGUUAUUCAAACAUCUUACACUUUCUGGCUGAGUAAAUUUAACAUAAACAACAUAGGACUUCAUUUCACUUUUUUCAUGAUAAUGGUGCAAGGAGCUAUCAUAAUUUUCUUCUCUAUAAAUAUAUAUUUAAAACAGAUGAUGUUGAAUAAAUUACUUAUCUUGAAAACACUCAAUACAAUACCCUCACAGAAAAGAAAAUUAUUCGACGAAUCUCUCUUGAAUAUCAUGCUUAAAGUAAGUACCAAUUAUAAUAAAUCAGUCUGAAGGACUUAUUGAUAGUUCUUAUCCGAGCCCUUGUUUAAGUUGUGUCUGCAUUCAGUGCUACUUCUGAUUUAAGAUGAAAUUCCCACAGCUUUUACUAGUAAAAAGAGUCUUGCUAAAUAAUGAAGAAUAACAUGACUAUAUCGUCUAACAAUGCAAAAGUUAAUAACAAUAAUAGGAGACAAUAAUCUUAAUAUUAUAUUUAUACCUAUAUAAUGUUUGAGCUACGGAUAGAGUCUGUGCAGAAAGAGAAUGGGCGUGGCGAAAAACGGAACUAACAUUAAGAUUUUUAUUUGGCAAUCAAACCCAGCAAUCUGUAAAAUGUCAAAGUUUUG